AUGUCCGCAUCAUUCUCGGCCAUGUUUUCAACAAUGAGCAGCUACAUCUACUAUCCCGCAUUGGUGCCCGUCGCCCACAAUCUUGGAGUGUCCGUUGCGUUAGUCAACCUGAGCGUGACGACGUAUCUCAUCGUGGCGGCGAUCGCCCCCGCAUUCAUGGGAGAUAUGGCAGAUCAGACUGGACGACGACCCGUGUUCAUGGUUUUGUUCGUCCUAAUGAUCUCUGCCAACGCGGGGGAUUGCCCUCCAAACAUCAUACGCCGCUCUCCUGGUACUUCGUAUGCUCCAGAGUGCUGGUGCAUCAGCACUGGUAGCAAUUACAUACGGAGUUAUCGCCGAUAUCGCAGAAUCCAAAGACAGAGGCGGCUUUGUCGGCGUCUUUCUCAACCGGCAUGCUUUCAUCCUCCCACCAACACCCCCCACCUACCCCCCGUUAACAUCCAUCACUCAACAGGCAAGUUCCUCGAUUGGAACUACCGCCACACCAGCUCGAGAUUCCAAGCCACCACCAACGAAACCGACAUCUUCCCCCCUCGGAAAAAACCCCCCUCCGCGGCAUCUACCUCCUCAUCCUCAUCAGCUCCCUCGGCACCCUAG